AUGACUCAGAAUACCGGCGCUUUUGAGGCCCUGCUGCAGGAAGACCGGACGUAUCCGCCGCCCGCCGAGUUCGUCGCCAACGCCAACAUUGCCGACCCGGCCGUGUACGAAGAGGCCCGCCGCGACCCCGAGGCGUUCUGGGCACGGUUCGCCGGCGAGCUGGACUGGUUCAAGCCGUGGGACACCGUGCUGGACUGGUCGGAUGCGCCCUUCGCCAAGUGGUUCGUGGGCGGCAAGCUCAACGCCGCGUACAACUGCAUCGACCGGCAUCUGGACGGCCCGCGCAAGAACAAGGCGGCCAUCAUCUGGGAGGGCGAGCCGGGCGAUUGGCAGGUGUACACCUACCGCGACCUGUACCGGGAAGUGUGCAAGUUCGCCAACGGCCUGAAAAGCCUGGGCGUUGAGAAGGGUGACCGGGUCACGCUGUACCUGCCCAUGGUGCCCGAGCUGGCCAUCGCGAUGCUGGCGUGCGCCCGCAUCGGCGCGCCCCACAGCAUCGUGUUCGGCGGGUUCAGCGCGGAGUCGCUGCGGGACCGGAUUGAGGACUCGCAGUCCAAGGUGAUGAUUACCGCUGACGGGGGCUGGCGGCGCGGCGGCAUAAUUCCGCUGAAACAGAGCGCGGACGCGUCCAUCGAGGGCGAAACGCCGGUGGAGAAGGUGGUGGUGGUGAAGCGCACCGGCCACGACGUGCCCAUCGUUGAGGGCCGCGACGUCUGGUGGCACGACCUGGUCGCCGAUCAACCGCUGAACUGUGAACCGGAGCAGAUGGACAGCGAGGACAUGCUGUUCAUGCUGUACACCAGCGGCACCACGGGCAAGCCCAAGGGCAUCGUCCACACCACCGGCGGCUACAUGACCGGCACCUAUGCCACCAGCAAGUGGAUCUUCGACCUGAAGGAAGACGACGUUUACUGGUGCACCGCCGACAUCGGGUGGGUGACGGGACACAGCUACAUCAUCUACGGGCCGCUGUCCAACGGAGCGACCACGGUGAUGUAUGAGGGGUCGCCGGACUACCCCGACCGGGACCGGUUCUGGGCCAUCGUGGAGAAGUACGCCUGCACCAUCUGCUACACGGCGCCGACGGCGAUACGGACGUUCAUGCGUUGGGGCGAGGAAUAUCCCAACCGCCACGACAUGUCAUCGCUGCGGCUGCUGGGUUCCGUGGGCGAGCCCAUCAACCCGGAGGCUUGGGUGUGGUACUGGCAGCACAUCGGCGGCGGGCGCUGCCCGGUGGUGGACACGUGGUGGCAGACCGAGACGGGCGCGGUGAUGAUCUCCCCCCUGCCCGGGAUCACGACGCUGAAGCCGGGCUCGGCGACGCAGCCCUUCCCCGGCAUCGACGCGGCCAUCCUGGACGAGCAGGGCAACGAGAUUGGACCGGGCGGGGGCGGUUACCUGGUCGUCCGGAAGCCGUGGCCCAGCAUGCUGCGCGGCAUCUACGGCGACCCUGAGCGGUUCGUGCAGCAGUACUGGUCAAACUACGAGGGGAUCUACUUCACCAGCGACGGCGCAAAGCUGGACGAGGAGUCCUACUUCUGGCUGCUGGGCCGGGUGGACGACGUGAUCAACGUGUCGGCGCACCGGAUCAGCACCAUGGAGGUUGAAUCCGCGCUGGUGGACAACCUGAAGGUGGCCGAGGCCGCGUGCAUCGGGCGCACCCACGAGGUGAAGGGACAGGCCAUCGUGGCCUUCGUGACCCUCAAGGACCAGGUGGCCGGCUCCGACGACGUGAUCGCCGAGCUGAAGCAGCACGUCGCCGGCAAGAUCGGCUCCAUGGCUCGCCCCGACGACAUCUACUUCGCCGCCGAGCUGCCCAAGACCCGCAGCGGCAAGAUCAUGCGCCGCCUGCUGCGCGACGUGGCCGAGGGCCGAGCGCUGGGCGACACCACCACGCUGGCCGACCCGGCAGUGGUGGAGAUGCUGAAGGAACAGUACGGGGACGAGGACUAA